AUGAAGAAGCCAUUGUUCCUGCUUAUUGUAGAUCGCCUUUCCAAUGAAGUUGAAUUUUUUCGUCAAAAGCAAGACGUUACCGGAAGACUUGGUCUCUCUGCACUUCAAAAGUGUACAGCAGCUAUUCGGGUGUUGGCAUAUGGUUCUGCGCUUGAUGCGGUCGACGAAUACCUCCGGCUCGGUACAACCACUACUCGGUUAUGUGUGGAAAAUUUUGUGGAAGCAAUAAUAGAUUUGUUCGGUGAUGAGUACCUACGAAAACCAACACCGGCUGAUCUUCAGCGUCUACUUCAUAUUGGAGAGCUUCGUGGGUUUCCUGGAAUGAAGAUGAAAGAGAUGAAUACCCUCGAUAUGAUGUUUCAAAUUUCCAACAAGGAGAAGGCAGCGGAAGUUCACAUGUCGAUCUCAACUAUUCCACAGAUAUGCCAACAAAUAUCGCCAAUCAGAUGGGUGUUCGAACAAGAAUUCGUGAUAGACAAGCACAUCAACAACUAA